AACGUUGGCAAAACAUACAUUGUUGCCAGCAUCACAGUUGCAGUCACCUACGCUCUGGAUAACAUGAAACCAGCCUAACCAGCUCUGCUAGGGCGAGUAAAAUGGUCAGUGAACGGUUGUCUCACGGUAGCCAGUUAUCUCUCUCGUUAGCCAGUUAUCUCUCUCUGUAGCCAGUUAUCUCUCUCGGUAGCCAGUUAUAUCUCUAGUUAUCUCUCUCGGUAGCCAGUUCGCUUGAGCGCAUGACGGUUGGUUCCACGCAGCAGAGUAAAGGGAGGCGUUGUUGUCAUGACGACUCUACACAACUCACCGGAAAGAAAUGUGUUGCAAGGUCAGUGCUUUACGGGAUCAUUUUCAACUUCAACUGGGGAUGUCCCGAAGAUCCAAAUUAGCAAGGAUCAUAUGUUAAGGACGGGCUUUGGUUAUCCAAUUUCUGACGUGAAAGCAGGAUGCCAGUAUACAUCAGAAAAGGGCCUGCAGAUAUCCCCGAGCCCCCCGACAGCAGCCACGGUGAUGACGAGGAGUUGUUCCUGAGUGACCCGGAUCAACUCCAGGACCAGCUUCCCCAGCCGUUCAGAAUGAUAGACAAGGUCCUGGACAGACUUGUAGACAGGGCAUGGGACUUCAUCUCACAGAGAGAAACUGUCAGGGUCACAGAGCAAGCUAUUAAAACUAUACCCGUUAUGCAGGUCUCAGGGGACGUAAAGCUCCCUGUGAGGACCAACUGCGUGGCCUGCUCUGAGGAUGGCAGGUACAUCUUCCUGGGUCACCCCCACGGGCUGUCUGUUAUGGCUCAGCCUCAGGGUAUCACCACCUCCUCCUCUUCCUCUCCCUACUGUGUGCCAGUAUGGCAGGAGGACCAGGUAGAGAUCACCUCUCUUCACAUCACCUGUCUGGGGGAGAUGGUCUACCUGCUGGCAUCCCUGGAUGAUAUGGGUGUUGCCAGACUGUUUGCUUAUUACUCAGAAACCAGCCACCUGAUAAAAGUCAUGAAUGAAACAGAUGACCUCAACCAGAGAAGUGUCUGUGUGAAGUUUGAACUGUCCAGAGGAGGAGACUACGGAGCUGCUACCAUCAGCUGUAAUGGUUGUCAGUGUUUAGAGGUGUACAGGUUCCCUAAAGACUCCUGGCUGAAAGAGCUGUCCCAGCAUGCACCUGGAGUAGGAGAUACAGGCAAACUGUCUCCUGUCGCCAUGCUGAUGAAGAUCAAACCACCUAAACCUCACACAGGCUCUACCAUGAAGAGUCCAUUUGAGGUGUUGCAGAAGACCGAGGACGGCAAUGUGAUUGGCUCAGGACAGAACCACCUGAUCAGCAGUCGCCAAUGGGAGGACCAGGACGCUGUGUUUAAGUCUGUAUACAGGAAGUACAUGGUUACUAACCCCAGCAACACUACAGACCCAGAGGACAGACCCAGGUAAACACUACAGUUGAAUGAGAGUGGUUAGUCUUAAAAUCCUCAAAUUGUAAU